AUGGGAGGCCGGAACCAGUCCAGCGUCUCCGAGUUCCUCCUCCUGGGCCUCUCCAGGCAGCCCCAACAGCAGCAGCUCCUCUUCCUGCUCUUCCUCACCAUGUACCUGGCCACCGUCCUGGGGAACCUGCUCAUCGUCCUGGCCAUCAGCACCGACUCUCGCCUGCACACCCCCAUGUACUUCUUCCUCAGCAACCUGUCCUUCGUGGACAUCUGCUUCUCCUCCACCACUGUCCCCAAGGUGCUGGCCAAUCACAUACUUGGCAGCCAGGCCGUCUCCUUCUCUGGCUGUCUCACGCAGAUGUAUUUUCUCUUUGAGCUUACUGACAUGGACAAUUUCCUCCUGGCCGUGAUGGCCUAUGACCGCUUUGUUGCCAUAUGCCAUCCUUUACGGUACACAACAAAGAUGACCCGUCAGCUCUGUGUUCUGCUGGUGGCUGGCUCUUGGGUGGUCGCCAACCUGAACGCUCUGUUGCACACCCUGCUGAUGGCUCGGCUCUCAUUCUGUGCAGACAAUGUGAUCCCCCACUUCUUCUGUGACGUGAGCCCGCUCCUGAGACUCUCCUGCUCAGACACACACCUCAAUGAAAUGAUGAUUCUUACCGAGGGUGCCCUGAUCAUGAUCACCCCGUUUGUCUGCAUCCUGGCCUCCUACCUGUGCAUCACCUGUGCUGUCCUGAGGAUCCCCUCCACGAGGGGGCGGUGCAAAGCCUUCUCCACCUGCGGCUCCCACUUGGCGGUGGUGGCCCUCUUCUAUGGCACCAUCAUUGCUGUGUAUUUCAACCCUGCAUCCUCUCACUCUGCUGAGAAGGACACCGCAGCGACUGUGCUGUACACAGUGGUGACCCCCAUGCUAAACCCUUGCAUCUACAGCCUGAGGAACAGAGACUUGAAAGCAGCUCUGAGAAAAGUGGUCAGCAGAAAUAUAUUCUCUUACCGAUGA